ACGACAACAAGAAUGCCAACAACACUAACAACAACAACAACAACCAGGCAACCGGAAGACUUCAAUGCUGGUGCUGAUGCCGCUGCUGCUGCUGCUGCUGAUGAUGAGAAAACACUGGCAACAGCAACAAUUUCAACGUCCUUGUCUGCGGUGCAGACGCCACCACAAACGGAAGCGACGAAUCACACUUUCAAGAGUUUAGCCUUCCUGGCUGGCUUUCCUGACUCACUCCUCGCCCCAUUCGGGGCAUUUCCACCCGCCUCCUCUUCAUACUCCUCCUCGGCUACAUCAGAUGGCUUUGCGGUGGCGGAAACAGACCUUGGACAGUCGUUGCCAAUUUUUGACUUUGGCAUGCCAAGGAAUAUCACAGGACGAACUGGCCAUACGGAGGCAAUAAUUAAAUGCCGUGUCGAUAGUCUGCAUGAUAAAUCGGUAUCAUGGAUACGUAAACGUGAUCUGCAUAUCCUGACCGUUGGCACUGCAACUUACACCUCCGACAAACGAUUCCAGGUAACCGAAUCGAAGGAUUCACGGGAAUGGACGUUGCAUGUAAAGGCGCCCCAAGCAAGAGAUAGCGGCAUAUACGAGUGUCAAGUGAACACCGAACCGAAAAUGUCCAUGGCAUUUCAAUUGAAUAUCAUUGAAAUCUCACCCGAUGCCAAGGCAAUCAUUAGUGGACCACAUGAUUUGCAUUUUAAAGCUGGCAGUGCAAUCAUACUGAACUGUGUGGUUCAACAGCCUUCGGUUAAGGAUAUAGGACCCAUCUAUUGGUAUCGAGGUGAGCAUAUGAUCACACCCUUCGAUGCCGACGAUGACAGCGUACCGCAGCAGCAGCAGGAGCAGCAGCCCAGCAAACCACAGUCAAAACAAACGGAACAGAGUUCGAUUUCAUUGGAGGACUCUAGGAAAUUGGAAACCUCACUCAAUGAGGUUCUCAGUGUGGAUCUGCAAAAGGAUUUUGCCACACGCAUCGCCAUGGAAUCGCAGCUGGGUGAUACCCUGAAGUCAAGGCUACGCAUCUCGAAUGCCCAGACAACCGAUACUGGCAACUACACAUGUCAGCCCACAACGGCGAGCAGUGCCAGUGUACUGGUCCAUGUGAUUAAUGAUGAGAAUCCCGCAGCGAUGCAGAAAAGUGCUGGAUUUGCUUUGUGUGGCCUCGACUUGAAGCUGCGAUUCAGUCUCUGUCUGUUGUUGGUCCUCCAAUGGACAAAGUAGUAUACAUAUAUAUAUAUAUAUAGUUGCUUGGGUACGUGUUUGGUUCUGUUGGUGAAAGUUGCCUAGUCCCUGUCAUUCUCAGCAGUGGUUGCUCUCCUCCCAAUGCUUAACAACGUUAUUGCAGCUAGGAAAUUAUAUGGCAUUUUGAGUUCGUUUUCUAUAUAUAAACAUAUAUUUUUUUCCGUUUUUUGUGGAUUGCCAAAGGGAAAGGCAAACAAGGCAGACAUUUCUUUCUUUAUUUUUUAUUUUCCUUUGGUCUCUCUCUUUCUCUU